AGUCAGUAUCUAGAGCACAGGUCCCUGGCCGCGUAGGUGAACAAGAAACAUCUAGGAAAAUGGCGGACGAAGAUCGUAUGGAUGUAGAUGAUACCGCUCAGCCGUCGACUUCUGCGGGCCCAGCGAAAAAACGCUUCGAAGUUAAAAAGUGGAACGCUGUUGCUCUCUGGGCUUGGGAUAUAGUCGUCGACAAUUGUGCAAUCUGUAGAAAUCAUAUCAUGGACUUGUGUAUUGAAUGUCAAGCAAACCAAGCAUCUGCGACAAGUGAGGAGUGUACAGUAGCUUGGGGUGUGUGUAAUCAUGCUUUUCACUUCCACUGCAUCUCAAGAUGGUUGAAGACAAGACAAGUCUGUCCCUUAGACAACAGGGAGUGGGAGUUCCAAAAGUAUGGCCGGUAGGCUUGGAUGCUCUUGUUGGCCUGAUAUAGCCUUGUUACGCCAGUAAGCUCAUGCUUUAGUGCAUCGGGUUUCACGGACAGUUGUAACCAGAACUGAAUUAUUUAGUUUUUUCUGUUGUCUAGCCUUACCAUAUGCCCUGUGAAUACUAUUUACCACAUAUUAUUGUAGAUUAAAAAGAUUUUGUUAUUGUAUUUAGUGUAUUUUUUUUAUUUUUAUAAUAAACCAAACACUGGUGGUAA